AUUGGCCGCUCCGGGGGGACGGGCGAUGUGGCGCGUGCUGCGGAGAGCCGCUGCUCUGGGCCCCCGCGGAGCCGCCGUCCCUCAGGGGCGGAACCGCCUCAGCAGCCACCCGCUCGGUGCCUCCGCCAGACUCUGCGGAGGGAAGGCCUGGGCUGAGAGAACGUGUGCUACCAUCACAAUGCCUGAAGUAAACACAGAUCACCUGGAUGAGCAGCAGGUGCAGCUCUUGGCAGAGAUGUGCAUCCUUAUUGAUGAAAAUGAUAACAAGAUUGGAGCAGACACGAAGAAAAACUGUCAUCUGAAUGAAAACAUUGAUAAAGGUUUACUGCACCGAGCAUUCAGUGUUUUCCUAUUUAACACAGAAAAUAAGCUGUUGCUGCAGCAGAGGUCAAAUGCAAAAAUUACAUUUCCAGAUUGUUUUACCAACACUUGUUGCAGUCAUCCCCUAAGCCAUCCACUGGAACUGGAAGAGAACAAUGCCAUUGGUGUUCGGAGGGCAGCACAGAGGCGACUGAAAGCUGAAUUAGGCAUUCCCAUGGAGCAGGUAACUCCAGAAGAAAUCUCCUAUCUGACAAGAAUUCACUACAAAGCCAAGUCUGAUGGGAUCUGGGGUGAACAUGAGAUAGACUACAUCUUAUUUGUACAGAAGGAUGUAACCCUGAAUCCUGACCCUAAUGAGAUCCAAAGCUAUUGCUACGUGACACAAAAAGAACUGAAGCAACUCUUGGACAAAGCCUCCAAAAAUGAAGUUAAGAUUACUCCGUGGUUUAAACUCAUUGCAGAGACCUUUCUUUUUAAGUGGUGGGAUAACUUAUCUAACUUGAACAAGUUUAUUGAUCAUGAAAAAAUACACAGAAUGUAAAUAGCUGGGGUAAAAAAUGCUGCAGGGUAGCAGUCUCUAUGGUAACUGGUGACUUCUGAGUGCAGAAAAGUGCUCCACUUGGAGCAUAUACAGAUAGUUGUAGCUAAUGUAUUUUCUUCUCUCUUCACCUCUUCCCUCCCUCCCAGCCCUGUUCCUCCUGGGCAAGUCAAGCUUGAUCUCAUGGAAAAUGGGUGACAGUAACGUAAGGAACCCCUGGGUUCAUCUUUCCCCAUUAUUGCAUGUGAUAUGAAGAAUCCUUGCCCUGGGUGUGCCCAGCUUACAGAUAAUUCCCUGCACAGUGACACUGGUAAAGGGAGCCUGGGCACCUGUCCAGCUCUACCAGGUAGAGCUGUACCUUCCCAGCCUCACAUGACCAUGCCUUCCAAAAUAGUGAUUACAAAAGAAUUUGAGUUCUGUACCAAUGUGGAGAAGAGAAGUUGUCUGAAGAAAAAAAAAAAGCAUUAAUCAGGAGUAUUUUAAUUGCAGGAAGCAAAUCUCUUUACCUAGUGUACUCUAUAAUUAACCAAACACAUAGAAGCUUAAGUAAUUGGACUGUCAGUGUGGACUGAAUUUCACUUGGAAGUGCUGCACUAUGUGCCAUAGCUUUGGAUAAUAAACACUGGGGUGUUUGCAUUUUUUCCCCACCAUUCUUUUCUGGUUUCUAUUUUAUAAUACAGGAAGGAGGUUGUGUUUGGAAAAGGGGAAAAUAUUCUCUCUUCCACCUUGCAGAAAACAAAGGCAUCUUGAUAGAAGCUUUUUUUUUCCUGCAACAUCUACUGUAAUAGUCACUCCCAGAAAACUCAAAACACCUUGAAUUACAAAAUUCAAUAUUGACAAUUAAUGGGCUUACACCAGGUCUUAAUUGCAGUUAGUCAGAAAUUGUACCAGUGCUAGAACUAAUCCUUUUUGAUCUUGCAGUCAGUUGCUAGUAACAACAGUGAAAUGGAAGGAUUUUUAGUAAGACAAAUAAUCAAGGGUAUCCCAGUUUGAAUUAAGGAUUUUUCUUUUUUUUUUUUUCCCAAAAGAAGCCUGAUUUUAGUUUCUUCAGUUAGCAGAGUAGUCAAUCUGAGGUUCUUAAGUAACUUCUCCCAGAGAUGUCUUGAUGAAAUAAAAUGUAUUCCAUGGCACUUCUCCUUGCAUGUUAACCAUGUAUACAAUGGGGCUGUGUCUGGUUUUAAGAAAGAAUUACAUUUUUUCAAUAUUUAACGUGUUUCUUAUCUCAUCCCAGUUGUGAAUGAGGUUUCUAUGGGCCAGCAUCUCUAGUGGGUCAACACCGAAAGGUUUUAGAUUGCAGUUUGUUGUAUGUUGAUCUGAUGUAUUAUCUUGAAGCAAACAAAAACAGGGAACUGUAAUGCAAUGUAACAGCUCUCCUGAAUUCAGGGUCAUCAGCCACAUUACCCAAGUAAUAUGCUAGAGUACUUUUCAAAUACCUAAAAUACUUUUUAAAAUAAAAAGAAAUAAUCUUAAAGAUUAUGAUUAAAAUGCCUAACUUAAAACCUUGGACUGUUGUUUUCUUUCCAGACUUUGUGCCACAAAGAGAAUAAUUUCUGUCAUUAGUACACUAUAAACAACAAUAUGUCUAUUAACUGUCACUGAAGCAGUAUGAGGGAGGCAACACUGCAUAAUUUAUUUUCACAGUGCUACUUUUCUGGUUUGAACAGCCAGCUUGGAGCAAAAGCUGACUAAGUAUAUUCUGAACUAGAAAUAAUGUGUGUAAGGAAGCAGAAAGUAAAAUUUUGCUAAAUGGGUUUCUUCAAAAUCCCUUUAAAGUUCUGACAUGAAAGUUUUUGUUGACACCGAACUUCUUUGCAGUACUACAAUGUUUUUAAUACCAAAUUUCAUACACAAAGUAGAUGAAUGAAACAAUAUGGAUUUACACAUAAUGCUCCAACAUGCUGAAGUUAACAUGUGAGCACUCUUCUUAACCUGUUGUAUUUAAAAAUAGUUUUAAAAAAUAAGUAAUAAUUUAAGGAUUCUUCCCCUUUUUGACAUAUGUAUUUCAUUAGGUUCCAUUUUAAUAUUUAAAACUGUGCAAUUGAAAUAUGCAGCAUAGGCAACACAUUUAUAGUGCAUAUUUUACUCAUGACGGGGUACCUUGACUUACGGACAAAAAGCAAUUUUGCUGCCAUUUACAGUUUGUCUUGACCAAGUAUAGAGAUUUUGUUUUAUCAGCUUCUGAAGAGAAAAUGGCUUUUUAAGCAUAUGACAGCAUAACUGACAGGAAUUCAGGACAAAUUUCAGUCCAAUCCUAACUUUCUAUAUCUCUGAAACAUUAAUAUGAAAUAUUAGAACUUGUAAGUUGCAGCCUUCCCUGUCGAUGCUGUUUAAGGUUAUUAUAGGCAGUAGUAGAAAUUGUACAAGUCAGGACUAGAAUUGUAAUUACUCUUCCAGCUCCAGUCACUCUUUGGCUUAGUAAACUGGUUGUAUUUCUUAUGUUCAUUCAUAACUGGCUCAGUGAGUGCACACUAACCCUGAGCACUACUUGUCAGUCUCCUCUGACUUCCCCACCAGCUGCAGCCUUCACCUCAAAAUAAACUCAAAAAAUUCACUUACACACAGAACACCAAACCUUACUGAUGCAGUAUCUUACAAAGUUGUGGGUUUUUAAAAUUCUGAUUAUAGUUUCAUUAAUAAAUACUUCAUUAUCUAGAUUUAACCUCAUUUUAAAUCUAGUUUU